AUGGGUACAUCUUUUUGUAAACCUAAAAGAAAAAAAGUUACUGGAUCAUCUUGGGUUGCUGAAGAUUAUGAAAAUCCUUUUAAAGUUUUUUCCAAAAAGGAACGUAUGUGCUUGAGAGAAACUUAUCAGAAAUUAACUGAACCUAAAGAGAUUGUUGGUAUCAUAUUUGUAGAUAUAAUAAAUGAUAUUGUACCAGAAUUAAAAAAAGUUUUUGGUGUUGAAAGAGCACCAAAAGUAAGUAUGUUAAAAAUGCCAAAACUUGGUGGACAUGUUGCAAGAUUAAAUGAAUUAAUUGAUCAGCUUACAACAAUGCUUGGUUUGACAGAAAAUCUUGUUGGUGCUUGGCAAUUAAUUCGCAAAACAGGUAGAAGUCAUACAAAACAAUUAUUUUUGGAAAACAAUCAAAAUCAAUUAGAAAAAAAUUAUUUUUUUAUAGUAGGUAAUAACUUUAUAAAAGAAUUUAUACCAUAUUUAACAGGUGAAAAAGAUGAAGAAGUUGAUGAUAAGAAAAAAGUUCGUUUUGCAAAUAAUUAUACAUCUCAAAUGAUAAAAGAUGUUUGGAAUAGAUUUUUUGAUAUAAUUAUAACACAAUUAACUGAAUCAUUUGAACUUGAAAAACAAAAAAGAAUAAAUAUGGCUAAUCAAAAAACACUAGCUCCACAUCAACAUGUUGAAGAGGACCAACGUCGAAAAAAACAAGCAGCACAGAAAGAAAAAAGUGGAGAGGAAAGUUAUGAAUAUGAAGUAAAAAAACCACAGGAAGAAUUAUUUGAAGAUCCAUUUUAA